AUGCAUGUUGGCAGUGGUACAAAACGACCCACCUCUUGUCGGAUUCUGAGUCCAUGCAUAUUUGACACUCGCGCGUAUCAACUGGGAGCGAGGUGUAUAGUAUGAUGGUGAUACUGAAGAUGCUGAGCCCUUUUCAUCCAAAAUGUUCUUCAGUUGUAUCAAUCGGAAAGAAGUGAGACGAAAGAGACAAUGCGCAUGAUCAAAAACAUGUUACUAGAAGUAGAUAUAACCUCUGGGGACCGAAGAGAAAUCGGCUAUGUAUAGCAUACCACUCCAAGAGCCACGGGUCAGGCAUGCUCGGGCGCUAUUCCAAACGGCGUCCUGAAGUUGUUGGGCCAAGUUGGCUGCCGUCUGCUUUGCGUUAUUGCAUUCCUGCAAGAGAUCGUCGAUAUUCUCGUCCAUUUUGCAGCCGUCUGCUAGCAAUGCCGCGACUCUGGUCUUCCUUCGUGCAUGUGAACCCGUCCCACUCUCACCGUGCCCUAUUGUGCUGUACUGACUGCUAUACUCGUCCUGCAGUGCCUCUUUCGGAUGGUCGAAACUAUCCUGAAUGCCUUCAACGUCUUUCUUCAGCGCUCUGAUCUUUUUAGAGCACGAAAGGAAAAGCCAAAAGCAAGUCGAAACUUAUAGUAUUUGGCUCGUCUCGAAAUCGACUGAGCAGCUGAAAUACAGAAUGCCUGUGCGUUCACCUGUAAAAAACGCGUGAUCUUUUCCUAGGUUGAAUCUUGAAUCUACUAAAAGCCUGAGCGUGGGCUUCUUCUAUGUUGUUGUAGGAAGCUAGUCUCAUUCUGUGCAUAA